AUGGCCACUCUCAAGACAGAUGCCACCCGCGUCCGCAAAGAUAUGGCGGACGUCGACCAAAAUACAUGGGGCUUCUUCUUCUACCGUACAUGCUACUACGACGAUGAUGCACGUUGGGAGAGCUUCCUUGAGCGGAUGAAAGCAUAUGCAGAAAUGAAUCUACUCGAUCCCGAAUUUGAGAACAAGAAUGGCGAUGGACAAAUUCUUUUGGGCCAACUUGAAUGGAAUAUCCAAUCACACCCCUCACUAGAUAAUUGUUCAUACGAGGAAGUCUGGCGCCAACAUCGGGAUCUCAUGAAAUCCCUGUACGGGGAAUAUUGUCCCGCCUAUGUCCGACAGGGAUACCCCGUUGUCGUGGAUAAAGAGGCCCUAGACUCUGUCCUGGAAGCCCCGUCUCCGGAUGCAUGGAAGAUAGGUGAUUAUCUCCGGACUAUGGCUUAUGUGAAUGUGCUUGAUAUGCAAUGGUUUGAUGUACAGGAUGAGCCGGAUAAUGGAAUUGGAUCGGAAGUCGGAUGGACGAGGGUUUCGGCUCACAAGCUUUAUCCUCGAUUGCAUUCGUUGCUUGCGAGUUUCUUGUGGCCGCAGGUUAUUUAUCGUCAUCCUCCUACGAUUUCUCGUUUAAGCUGA